GUUGUGGGGAGGGGGUCAGUCUGCGCCGGGCGUGGGGGUUGGCGGUGAGGUAGACGGCGGUGGUUGCGUUGGAUGGGAGGAGAUCCGCUCGCACACACGAGGAGGAGAAGGAGGCCUGAGCGCCCGCCGCCGCUGCUGCCUCCGCCGCCGACUGCCUUCGCGAGUGCCGAGUUCGCACUGGAGCCACCGCUGCGGCGACGCCGGAGAUUGUGUCGCUAGGUGCUGGCCCUUCCGUCUCCGCCGUUCCUGGCCCAGCUCGGCCCGCUCCUCCCCGGCCGGACGCCCCCGCCUCCAUUUCCCGCCCUCUCUUCACCACACACACGGCCCCCCCGAUCAUGGAUCCCGGCAGCGGCGGCGGCGGCGGCGGGAGCAGCUGCGGGAGCAGUAGCAGCGACUCGGCGCCUGACUGCUGGGACCAGGCGGACAUGGAAGCUCCUGGGCCGGGCCCUUGCGGCGGCGGCUCGGCGGUGGCGGCCGAGGCCCAGCGUGAGCACCUCAGCGCGGCCUUCAGCCGGCAACUCAACGUCAACGCCAAGCCCUUCGUGCCCAACGUCCAUGCCGCUGAGUUCGUGCCGUCCUUCCUACGCGGCUCGGCCCAACCACCGCCACCCGCAGCUGGCGCCACGGCCGACGACAGCCACGGAGCGGGCAACGGCGCGGGAGGCCCCUUGGUACCUGUGGAGUCCUCUGAAGAGCAACAGUCAUUGUGUGAAGGUUCAAAUUCAGCUGUUAGCAUGGAACUUUCAGAACCUGUUGAAAAUGGAGAGACUGAAAUGUCCCCAGAAGAAUCAUGGGAGCACAAAGAAGAAAUAAGUGAAGCAGAGCUGGGGGUUGGUUCUUUGGGAGAUGGAAGGCCACCUGAGGAAAGUGCCCAAGAAAUGAUGGAGGAAGAAGAGGAAAUACCUAAGCCUAAAUCCGUGGCUGCCCCACCAGGUGCCCCGAAAAAAGAACAUGUAAAUGUAGUAUUCAUUGGGCAUGUAGAUGCAGGCAAGUCAACCAUUGGAGGACAAAUAAUGUAUCUGACUGGAAUGGUUGACAAAAGGACACUUGAAAAAUAUGAAAGAGAAGCUAAGGAAAAAAACAGAGAAACUUGGUACUUGUCUUGGGCCUUAGAUACAAAUCAGGAAGAACGAGACAAGGGUAAAACAGUAGAAGUGGGUCGUGCUUACUUUGAAACAGAAAAGAAACAUUUCACAAUUCUGGAUGCCCCUGGCCAUAAGAGUUUCGUUCCAAAUAUGAUUGGCGGUGCCUCUCAAGCUGAUUUGGCUGUAUUGGUGAUCUCAGCCAGGAAAGGAGAGUUUGAAACUGGAUUUGAAAAAGGAGGACAAACCAGAGAACAUGCAAUGUUGGCAAAGACAGCAGGUGUAAAACACUUAAUUGUGCUUAUUAAUAAGAUGGAUGAUCCAACAGUAAACUGGAGCAAUGAGAGGUAUGAAGAAUGUAAAGAGAAGCUAGUGCCAUUUUUGAAAAAGGUUGGCUUCAAUCCCAAAAAGGACAUUCAUUUUAUGCCCUGCUCAGGAUUGACUGGAGCAAAUCUCAAAGAGCAGUCAGAUUUCUGUCCUUGGUACAUUGGAUUACCAUUUAUUCCAUAUCUGGAUAACUUGCCAAACUUCAAUAGAUCAGUUGAUGGACCAGUCAGGCUGCCAAUUGUGGAUAAGUACAAGGAUAUGGGCACUGUGGUCCUGGGAAAGCUGGAAUCAGGAUCUAUUUGUAAAGGCCAGCAGCUUGUGAUGAUGCCAAACAAGCACAACGUGGAAGUCCUUGGAAUGCUUUCUGAUGAUGUAGAAACAGAUUCUGUAGCCCCAGGUGAAAACCUCAAAAUUAGGCUGAAAGGAAUAGAAGAGGAGGAGAUUCUUCCAGGAUUCAUACUCUGUGAUCCUAAUAACCUCUGUCAUUCGGGACGCACAUUCGAUGCCCAGAUAGUGAUUAUAGAAUACAAAUCCAUCAUCUGCCCAGGAUAUAAUGCGGUGCUGCAUAUUCAUACCUGUAUUGAGGAAGUUGAAAUAAAAACUUUUAUCUGCUUGGUAGACAAAAAAUCAGGAGAAAAAAGUAAGACUCGCCCCCGUUUUGUGAAACAGGAUCAAGUAUGUAUCGCUCGUUUAAAGACAGCAGGAACCAUCUGCCUUGAAACCUUUAAAGACUUCCCUCAGAUGGGUCGUUUUACCUUAAGAGAUGAGGGUAAGACCAUUGCAAUUGGAAAAGUUCUGAAACUGGUUCCAGAGAAAGACUAAGCAUUUCUCUCAAUGACCCUGCACAAUACUGUGAGGAAAAUUGACUGCAAAAGCCUACUUCAUACCACCUUCUCUUAUUUUCUGCCCAUUUAUAAACCUCUCCCCAUAUUUUGCAAAAGAAAAAACUCAUAGCAAAAGUCCACAUUAGGUCAGCUUUCUCAUAUUGAGAGCUCUGCUAUGCCACUGUUGAGUUUUUCCGAAGAUGACCCCCCGUCCCCACACUGCUUCCUUGGACAGAUUUGGCAAUAGCUUCAUAAGUGAUGUGGACAUAAUUGCAUACAAUAAUGAAAACCUAUAGAAAAUUUGUUUUUCAUUUUCCCCUUAGGCAUAGUCUUUUUUCCCAGGCAGAUCAUUCUGAGUGUGCGAGUGUGUGUGCACAUGUUACAGACAACUACCAUGUUAAUAAAAUAUUCAAUUUGAAACCUUUUUUGGUAUUUGAAUUGCUUUUGAAUAAUGUUUUUUACCUGGAUGUAACAUUGUUGCAUUAGCUUUUUAACUUUCCCAAGUAAUUGAAUACAUUUUAUUACUUGGGCUUUUCUAAACUCUUUCCCUACUCACUACUUUCAAUGAGGCAUUUACAAUGUUCAAGUUUGUACUAGAGGAAAGAAAUAGUUUGACCUCUUCUUUUGAUGGUUAAUGCAUACACAGUUAAAUACCUUUGUGCAACUGUGACACUGCUUUACUAACUAGGUCUUUUCAGUUAUUUUCUUCCAAUUUAUAUUUGAAUAUGAUUUGUUAAGUACAGUAGACUGAUAAAAGAACAAAACGAAACAAGUAUACUCUUUUUGUAAGGAAAGCUUAAUGAAAUUGUAACCUUAUGGAAAAUUCCAUUAACUGGUUUUAAAUCAGUGGAAUUUACAAUAAAGCAAGCAUGUUGAGAACUGGCAAAAAUGCCUCUUGCUUAUAAGAGCUGCAUGUAUCUAGUAUGGAAACUAUACACGUGCCAGUUAAAUUAUAAAUUUAAAGGUUGGAAGAUUCUUGCUAGUUAAAGCCAAUCGUAGUCCAGCAAUUCAGUGAACACACAUGUAGGAUCAGCAGAAUCUGCCCAAACUAAAUUAAUAGUGAUCAAUAGAAUCAAGCACAGUGUAAGUUUUAUCUCAAUUAUUUGAAAUUGAAUUUUCUUUAUUAAGUAUAAAGCUGAAAUUUGCUAACCAUGAUUUGGAUGAACUACAGAGCAGCAAUGUGAUGGUUCUUAAGAGUGAAGGCAACUUUCUACUACAACCAUGGUGACUGAAGUUUUUUUUGUGAGAAUAAGUGGAAAAUGGAAGACAUUUCUGGGGUUAUCAGAAGCCUCCAUGUUGAGUGAGUGUUGCUGUAUGUCGUUAAAUGUGGCCUCUUUUGCAUUGUGACUUAUCUCUAAAUGACAUACUUUGUAAUUGUAUGUUUGAUAACAUGACCUCUGUAACCUUUUUCCUCAGAAAACAAAAGCCUAGUUACUAUUUCCAGUCACAAGAUAACAAAUCUGACAGUGUCUUAACUGUGGAAUUCCCAUUCAUGAAGUGAAUGAGCCUACAUCUUAUGAACAGGGCAAAGUUACUUCCUGCAGCUUCAUAGAACUAUAUUUAUUGCUAUUAAAUUGCAUGAAAUUUAAAUUUUAUUCAAAUUUUUCUGGGCUUUUAUUUUUCUGGGAAAUACAGGAGCUUUAGUCCGAAUGUAACCUUUUUAUACUUCCAUGUUGAUGAGUAAUACUAGCAAUUGCUUGGAUUUUAAUGAACCUUUAAAAGUUCACAAGUCACUGAAAUUAUUUCCAAAGAUAAUUUUGCUUUCUAAAUUGAACACAUUAAAAAAGUUAUGUGUGCUGUUAAAACACACCUAGAAUAUUAAAAGACUUAAAAUAUUUUGCCAAGAUUUGGUAAAAUAACUUGGACAGCAGCUGUGACGGGCCUCCCUCUGCCAAGAAAGAUAAAAGUACAAAUGUAAUUUUUAAAAAACUCAUUGGACUUGUAACAUAUUUGCAGUAUUUACAUUUUAUGGAUAAUGAAAUUCUUCACAAAGUAUUCCCCAUUUAAAAUUGGUCUAUUUCAAACUUGUGGUUACACUAGGUAGUCAUUUGAAAUUCAAGGGGAUAAAUACCUGAAAUGAACUUGCAGUGUGUACAGAUGUUUGUUAGAUCUUUAAAGAGCAAUAUAAAUUCCUACUCUUUCAUUCUGUCUUCUAUAAGUGCAAACUGUUCAUGUGGCUGACAAUGCAAAAAUAGGGCAGUUGGUUGCAUAUUUAGCAUAUUAUAGACCUAAACAUUGUUUCUGUAUUUAACAUAGAUAUAUUAUAACCAUGAUUUUAUUUGCAUCUUUUUAUAUUAAUGAUCUUUAUACAACUUUCAUGCUAGAUUAUUUAAUUAUAAUAUUUUAAAUUAAUGAACUGAAUUUUAAGAUGUCAUUGGAAUAAACAGCUAAGCAAUUGCCAUUUUAAACUCUUAUUUGUUACUGUGGAAGAAGGGAAAAUAUAUUUGUUUAUAAUUUGCAAAAAAUUUAUCCAGUGAAA